AUGAAACCAUCCAACACUGUCUUUCAAGUUGACUUCAAGUGGAAGAAGAUGAAGGCUUUAGUGUCAGAGAAAGACCCUGAAACAAACAAUACAACACCCAAAUACAUCGUCGACUAUCAUGCCUUCAAAUGCACCUCCCUCGUCUUCCAUCCCUACGACGACCCUACAGCUGUAAUCGGUACCGGUACACUUCACCCCGUCACAAUCCACGCUACCUACGAGCUCCACGGCCAAAAGGGCACUAUCAAAGCACUAAAGCGCUUCAUGACAUCAUACACACACCUGUCAUACAACUACUCCAGCAGUCCUGACGGAACACCUGCUGCCAUGACAUGGGCCAGCGCUAGCAGCUUCAAGACAUGGGACUUUGUCUGCCUCGACGAGCAAGAUUCUGCAGUGGCAAAGUUUUCUGCCAACUGCUGGUCUCUCAAUAACGUCGGAUGUGUCGAGUUUCUAGGGUCCAAGGCCAAUGACCCUGCCGCAAGGGAAGAGAUCUUGGUCACUGGCAUGACAUUGUUUUAUCAGAUGGUCCUUCGUGCGACCAACGUCUUAUCUCUUGGUGGUUCUAUUUUCGCAAGGCCUGGGCCGUUGGACAAGGAGGCUGCGCCCAAGAGACCAAUGCAAAAUGCAGAUGGCAAGAGUAUCAAGGAAUUAGAAGCGACUUCAGGGAUGGAGCCUGGGCUUGAGAAAUCAUAG